GAACCCCGCCCCGCGUACGUGGCGUGAGUGCUUGGGGCCGCGCGGCGCGGGCCGGUUUCUCUAGGGUGUGGCGCCCCCCGGCGGCAAGGGGACCUCAAUGUGACUGCCAGACACGAGCGCCCGCCCGCCAUGGAUCCGCAGGAAGAAGCGCGAACAUCCAGGGACCCCCUCGAGCGGUCGCCUGGGGUCCCGAAGUCUCAGACACCCGAUGAAGAGGAGCGGCGGGGAGGGGGAACAGCGCCAGCGGCGGCUGUCUUGGACGCAGAGGCAGACGGCGCCAGUGUGGACGGACUGUGGGAACUGCCAGUGGAGCCGGCCAAACGGAGGCCCAAAUGCAGCCGCUGCAGUCGGCCUCAGAAAGUGUGUUUGUGUCCAUAUCUACCAGCGCAUCCUCUGCACAUCUCUACCCACUUGUACAUAAUUCAGCAUCCAGCAGAGGAAAACAAGGUACUGCGGACAGUUCCUCUUCUAGCUGCAUGUCUCCCCCAAGAUAAGUGUAAAGUCAAGAUUGGUCGUCGCUUCAGUGAAGAAAGAGAUCCCGAACUUUCAACUAUUUGUCGGAAGUCUGAUACUUUAAUAUUAUAUCCAGGGGCUGAAGCUGCUAAUUUGGAAGAAUUUAUAUUAGAUUCUCCUAUUUAUCCUACCACAGUCAUCAUCAUUGAUGGUACAUGGAGCCAGGCUAAGGACAUUUUCUAUAAGAAUUCCUUGUUCCGACUACCUAAACAGGUGCAGUUAAAAACUAGCCUUUCUAGUCAGUAUGUAAUUCGGACGCAACCAACUAAUAGAUGCCUUUCUACAUUGGAGUGUGCUGCUGUUGCUCUUUCUAUCUUGGAGAAGAAUAAUUGCAUACAAGAGAUAAGAGAAAUUGUGAGAACAUAUCUAAGGGGCUUCCUACAAAACGUCAGACUUUGCUUCGCCCUCUUCAAGCUUUAUGUUCUUUCCAGCUUCAGCAUGGUGCUCAAAUUCGCCUCAGCAAGGAACACCUUCUGAAAAAUGGAUUAUAUCCUAAGCCAAUGCCAAAGAACAAACGCAAACUCAGGAAAAUGGAAUUGUUGAUGAAUAGCAUUAAAAUUUAGCACAAUUGUUCUCAUGGUGCUAGUUAUGAUGUCUUCAGCUGAGAAUACCGAGUUAACUUUUUAUACAUUUUAAAUGUGGGUUUUUGUCUAAAGAAUGAGAGUUACAUACUAAACUUACCCAGAAAAAGGAGCAAUCCAAAUAGCCAUAAAAGCAAACACACCAACAAAUUUCACUGACUCAGUAAAUUGCAAACUGUAUUUGUUUUUAAAAUGUGCCUCUGAUACAUUUUUGUCAAAUCAGUAAUUUGAAACAUGAUUAGUUGUUGAGCUGGGUUAGAAAUUCCUAUUUAUGAAAUGGAAUGUAAGGAAAUUGGUGUGCCUAAUUGGGACAGUAUAGUUUCCAUUAGUGUUUAUGGAUAAUUAGGUGUAGACCUGUAAUAGAGGAUACCUACAUCAGGCUACAAUCUUGUAAUUGAAUGUUAUAGUUUGAAAUAAGUAACAAAAGGAAGUAGUAAUCAAUUAAUUUAGAUUGAAUUUAUUUCAUAAAUAAAUGUUCUUUAGGGACUAAACUUGAACUCAGCUAAUGUGAUUUAAGCAUGCUAUUAAUUGCCCUAAUUAAAAAAUUAAAUUAUAA